AUGGCGACCUCCCGACUUCCCACCUUCUCUGCCUCCCUUGCCAACCCCACGUCUUCCACCUCUGAGGAGACGGCGGCCGUUUCUGUCUCUUGCGGGCAGAAACGUGGCAAGGCUGGUAAGGGAGGCGGGAAGGGCGGCGGGGGUACUGGAGGUGGUGCGGGUAGUGGCGGUGGCGGUAGAGCAGGUGGUGGGAGUGAAGGUGGGGGUGGCUCGGGACCUGACGGCCCUCCUUUCGACGGUGGAGCUUUCACUGGUGGUGAGGGGUCCCAGCAACAGCAGCAGUCGCCUCCCCAGCAGCUGCCACCACCGCCUGGAUAG